AUGUCCACACAAGAUACUGUGGAUCGUCCUCCGAAUGCAAAUUCGAGUGCAGUUGAAAUCAAGCAUAUUGAAUCAUCGCCAUUUGAUUACGAGGAACUUGCAAAGGAUAAGAAACAAUUAUGGUUGAUUCGCAUUCCCAGUGGGACCAUUUCAUCGUCAACUCUGGAUCAACUGUCAAUAAGCCUCCCCGGAAUAUCAAAGACGGGAAACCGCCUGGCUACGAUAGUAGACGAGUCAAACCAAGAGUACUCACUCCUCGAUCUGGCAAAAGUUGACAGUGAUGCCAAUGUCGAUGGUAAUAGCGAACAAGAGAAUCGGGAACCAUCCGAUCCGGCUUUAUUCGGUUCUGAAGAGAUGAGUUCGUUUAAACUAUUGGUACCGAAAAAAGACAAUAACGGCGAGUUGGUUGCAGAUUAUAUAAAAUCAGCCGAGAUUGCUCGUGACGCUCAUCAAAAUACAAUUCGUCAACCGGAAAAGCUUUCGUAUCAGUUCAAACCAUAUGGACAUAACACGGGCGAGUCGGAACAGGAAAAGUGGGUUGAUACACCGUACAAACAAGCCGUCAUAGCCAGAGUUAAAGAAAUGAGUCGCGCGAACGAUGAGAAAUGGAAACUGAGAGAUCAAGAAUUGUCGAAAUUUAAAGACAAGGAUGAAGAGCGGAUAAAGAGGAGAGAACAACGGGCGAAAUGGGCUACUGCUAAGAACGCAAGCGGUCGCUAUGCUUUCCAUGCGACAGCUGGUAACGAAAUUGCUGGGCCAUACUUGACUCAAGUAAGAAAGGACACGGCUGGAAAGUUGCAAUCACGAAAAGCUCAGUGGAACGAAAUGGACGAUAUGGGCAUCUUUGAUGCGAAUGAAGACUUUGACAAGUUUCUUGCGCCUGGAGAGAAAUUUGAAGACUAUGAUACUAAUGUAAAUUCUAUCAGCAUGAUUCAAAAGGAAAAAGCGGAUGAUCUUGACGUUGGUCUCGUCGAUAAUAUAAAGGAAAAGAAGGAAGGCGAUCAGUCUGAAAAAGUCAGGGAUAAAAAACGGAAGAAAAUUGAUCAUAAUGAUGGUUCAGUUGAAAAUGCCAAGAAGAAAAUAAAAACAGUCGACAAGGGAAAAGGGGAAAAGAAGCAUAAAGAUAAGGACAGGGAGAAAGGGGAAAAGAAGAAGCAUAAAGAUAAGGCGAUAGAAAAGGUUUAUGAGAAGGACAAAAAGAAGAGUGAGAGUGAAAAGCCUAAAGAUAAAAAGAUAGGGAAGGACAAUGCGAUUACAAAAGAGAAAGGGGAAAGCUCGAAGAAAACAUUUAAAUCGAUAGCGAAUGAUAAAGAAAAAGGGCAGACGGAAAAGCACAAAAACCAAGAGACGGAGAAGGAGAAAGAAAAAGGCAGAACGAAAGGGGAGAAGAGUGCAAAUAAAAUGGUAGAGAAAGGGAAGGAGAAGGAAAAGGGUGAACAUAAAGUCAAGGAGAAAGGCAAAGGGAAGGUGGAGAAGAGUGAGAAACAUGCAAGUAAAGUGGUAGAUAAAGGGAAGGAAAAGGAAAAGGGUGGACAUAAAGGCAAAGAUAAAGGAGAGAGGGAAAAACACAUAGAUGGGGGUAAUGAGAAAGGCAAAAAGAAGGGAGAGGAGAAAGCCAAGGAUAAACAUAAAGUGACAGUAAAGGUCGAGGACGAUCAGACGAAGAGCGGUGAAAAGAAGAAGCGUAAGGCAAAAGUGGGGGAUGAAAUGGGCAGAAGCGGAGGGAGUUAA